AUGGGCUUCAAUACUUUUGUAGAAGGCUCUAUGGGGGGAGAAAACCUUGCAUUUCUUGCGGCGGCGGAUGAACAUGCCUCUACCGGCCCAAUCAGAGAUGGAACCUCUGCUUGCGCAUUAGACGCGAGCUCUGGAGGAUGUGUUAAGUCCCCUGAAGAGGGGAAUGUUGCAUGGCUGGACAGAUUCAGGGAUGAAGCGUGCAGUGUUGUUCAAUAUUCCAACACGUCGGCAAUCCCCCGACCAAUCCGUACAGCCUUCAACGUGUGCGUGGUCAAGAGUGGGCUCAGCGAGGCCAUCCCCAAUGCAAUUACGACAAGUAGAAAGACGCAUGUUGAAAGGUUUCAUUCUAUCGUGAGCACCUCAGAGGUUAAAGACGUCCACUUAGGCAACAGUGAGACGCAGCGUGCAGAAGUUGAAGGCCAGGAAUUUACUUCCAUUACUGACAAUGGUGCGACCUCGUGGGGACUUGAGGCGCCGAUCCACUUUGAACAUGCACGCUCUCUGCAGGAGCUAGCUCCAACCGUUUCUGACAAGUCUUUUUCGUUUGAGACAAAAUUGCCGUCUUCCGUUCAGUUGGGCAUCUCCUACUUCGAGUCUAUGCCUUACUGCCUUUUGCCUCUCGGCGUGGGCCUCGGGAUAGUGGUGGUCUUGUUGCCUCUAUUUUUGUUGUUGUUCUGCCUUCGCAACUGCAGAUGCUCACAAAGACUGUGCAGUUGCUUCUGUUGCCUUCGGAUCUUUUUCAAGUCGACAAAGCGAUAUGCGGCUGAAGUGGAAAGAUGGCAGUCGAACGGCAGCAGCACUGGGCCCUCGGGUUCUCAGUACCGAGGUAGCGUGCGGAAGUUGGUUCCGCGGAGCUCAUGUUUAGGCGUGAGGUACCUCGCGUUGAUUCUGGCAUUUUGCACAGUUGCAGCGGUGCUUAGUGUGGGGAUGUACGUCCUGGUGGAUAUGGGGGCGCAUCUCUCGCAGGUGGCCUGCGCUGCUGGCCAGGCAGUUUCUACCAUCAUUAAUGGGCAGACCUUCGCUCAUCCGUCGGCUGCAUCUGUCCCCAAUUCAGCCGUUGUGCCUUUGUCUUCGCCUUCCUUUUCUUCCACUCUCUUCACUUCCACCUCCCCUCCUGCAGCCAUUGUAAUUAAUAACGCACCCCCCUUCUCCCCUUUUUUGCAAUCAGCUCCGCCCGACACCACAACAGAGCGGUUCCCUUAUUUGGGAGAAGCAAAUCCUGCCUUUCCACGGCUGCUGCAGCAAGAUGAUGCGGAUCUAACUGAGGACACAACUGCUCCCAAGAGGACAGGUUUCCUUGGAGCUGUCCCAGCGCUAGUCUACUUCAAGACCCUUAUCUUGGCGCUGGACCCCGACGGGGACAAUUCGCUGGCGAAAGAGCUUCGUAUGGCCUCCAAAGUGGCUUCACGAAUUAGCCAAAAGGUCGCAGACAUGCGGAUCAAUCUUCAGGCACUCAAGAAGACACUGUAUCGGCCGGCAAACAGCGGAAUGGCAGUGUCGUCGGAGCCUUCAGAUCAUGAAGAGGCGACGUAUCAUCUCUCUCCAGUGUCUGUUGCCUCUCCGUCACUGCUAAGCGCGUGGGAAACCACCAUUCAUCUGCUUCCUUCUACUUUCUUUGCUAUAGCCGAAGCUUCUGAACACCUUGCAGCAGAAAUAGAGGCGUCUAUGCAGCAGACCGACGGCCUGCUAGCUAUAAAGGACAUGCAAAAGGCGAAGGAUGUCCUCACCCAAACCCUUAAAGCUGCCCAUCCAACUGUAGAGAAAAUUCCUAAAAUCGGCACCCCUCUCUUCUGGCUGUUCUUUCGUGCGGUGCUAACAACUGUCUAUGCAGUGGGAAUGGGGAAGAACUUGUCCUCUUUGGGUUAUGCGGUUGAGGAUUCUCUUCAGGGUUCUAUAGUGACAUUCAGUCUGAUGGGCGUGUUG